UAUGUCAAUGUCAAAUGUCAUCUUCAUGUUUACGUCAAAGUUAUAGGUUAGGAAAAUGUUUUCAGUUCUAAAAUUUUCUUUAUAGUUCGAGAAAACUUAGUGAUACAGCAAUAUUUUAUACGUCAAAAAUAAACUGUUUCCAAAGCACGAUGUUGGAAGUUGUAAAUGGAUUCCUACUUGUUUACUUUAUAGUUUUGUGCUCAAUCAGCGCCCUAGUCCCGACUUUAGUAAAACCUAUUGUAGCAUGUUUCUCGGGCGCAUCACAUGAAGAACGAGCCGCUUGGGCUGAAUUAUUAAAACUAAAAGAGGCUCAAAAAGGUAUAUCAAUGAAAGAUGAGUUUGCAGCAUAUUCGAAAUUGCAACGGAAAAUCAAUAAACUGGAGUCUGAAUUAAAGGAAAACCGAUCUUCACGGAUGAGUAAGAGUUUGGCUGUAAUUGGGUCAGUUCAUAUUGUAUUACAAGUAGUUGUUGCUGUACUUAUUUUGAUAUCUGUAAUUUGGUUUAGAAGAGAGCCUAUAGUAGCAUUGAAGGGAGACCUUUUUCCUCUAUCCACUGUACUCCAAUACCCUAGUGAUAUGCCAAAUGGUAUUUCCACUCAUGUGUGGGUUUUGAUAACAAAUUUGUCUGUUAGAACAUUAUUGAAACCAAUUUUAAGCUAAUAAAAGUACAGACAGUUUAACAAAAAGACUGAUUGGAGCACAUUAAUACCAAUUUGUAAAAAUAUGUAAGGGUGAAUCCAGAUCUGGUGAUAUUUCAAACUUAUAUAUGUCCUGACCUGUAUAUAUGACAAUGCAUCACUUGAGUAGCUCCCAGAUGUCCAUUCACUAGAUUUAAAUGUAUUGUAAAGAUGAACAUGCUCAUUUACUCAUUUGGAUUUUCAUGCUGUUUCCGUUCUAUGUUAAAGGGAGAAUUUUGUAUUUAAAAUUGUUUAGUAUUUAUAUGUAAUUUAUGGAUUUUGAGUCAUUACCAAUUAAUUAAAUGGA